AUCAAGUGAUACAUCAGAACAAUUCAGUUCCACUGGAUGUUCCCCUGAAACAUGAAGAUCGCUCUUGUAAUUCUGGCAAUAUCCACAGUUAUUUCAUACUCCACGACCUCACCACCAACCACUCCACAACAAAUCUGCCGCGAUCGCGAGGGAGCAUCCAUCGAUGACGUCCACCAGAUGAACGAAAGUCGACCCCCGAGAACACGCGUCCAGCAGUGCUUCCUGGACUGUCUCUACCAACGGCUGGGCUAUUCCGACGGGAGGCGGUUUCUGAGCGAGGGUUUUCUACGCCAAGCCAUGCUGGGGGCAGAACAUGACGAACGUAGACGGGUGUUUAUGGUCGCGUUGGCCCGUCGAUGUGACGGAUUGGUCGGCGAGGAUCGUUGCCAGCUGGCGGCUGACAUAAGGGCGUGUAUUUUUCAGAAAAGUUGAUUUAUUGAAGAAGAAAAAUUAAAGCUUUUCCCACCCAAUCCCG